AUGAGAAAGGUGGCAGCCAGCAGUCGUCGGUCUACCUUAACUUCCUCAGAGCGGGAAAUUUUUGCUCGUCUGACAGGAGAAGACAGUGGAGAUUUACGAGCUAAUAAUCAUAGCAAACACUCUCAGAGUAAUAACAUUACACCUGAACACAAGAAACUUGCUUUAAAUAAUCAGAAAACUACCGAAAUAACUUCUAUCUUCGACUCCGCAGUUCAAAAUAUAAAUCAGGAAGCCCCUUCAACUAUUUCAGCCGGAUCCUCGAAGCAAGGAGAGUCAGGCAGUGCAGAUCAACCACCUUACUCUCUCGCAGACAGCCGCGAUGGAUAUUCCGAGUUAACCCAAGCUUCAAAGAUAUUUUCAAAAUUACGCGCUUUCCGGGAUAGCAAUUAUGGCUCAUCUUCCCCCGAGAAUGAGGAGUUCGCCGGAAUUCACCCCUUCCCACUUGCUAGGUUGAUUUCCAAGCGUGAAUCUAAGAAGAUUUGUAAGGAGCUGGACGAUGCUAUCGCUGAGGGAAAGGGCGAUAUUGGGAUUUGGGAAAUUUGUGAACAGAAAAUCUUCGGAAUGCUGCAGAUGGUGGACUUAGAGGCAAUAUCACCAUUGGCCGAACUAAGUAAUCGUGGCUGGCAGCAUGAUAAGUUUACACCAAAAUCGAUUAUUCAAUUUCCCAACGAUUCCUACAACGAUAUAAACGCCUCAAAGAAAUUCAAUGGUAAAGAUGCUCCGCUUGAUAUUCCUGAACAUGUUCCCAUCGUUCCCGUCGUUAUGAAAACAUACCCAUACACAUUACUGUAUGCUGCCAAGCUACUCUGCCGACAUUUUCCCAUGUCGCAAUACAACAUCCAGUUUUUAGAUGCUGUCAAGGCGCGCGGACGUGCCUCUUUUUUAAUCGGGGCUUCCACUCAACUAUGUAAUGAACUCAUUGCCUUCAGAUGGCAUGUCUACAGCGACUUGCCAUACAUUGUGUCUCUUCUUAAAGAUAUGGAGGAGACGGGAAUUGAGUUCGAUCGGCGUACACUUUCAUUAGUCGAUGAGAUACGGAAGUCACGACAAGUUGAUAGAGAUCACUCAGGAGUCGAGGGUGGCGAUGAUGAAGAUGGAUCAUGGUGGUGGGAUUCAGAGACUACUCGAACUUCUUAUAAGAACCUUGUAGGCUGGGGAAGAGGCAAGGGGUGGAUCACUCGAAUUAGAGCCCAGCUAAAAAAGAAUCAAAUAAGAGAGAAAAAGGCAGAAGAGCUGUCUAAGAAGUUCCUGUGA